AUGGAGAAUAGAUACGAAGGAGGCUAUGGCCAUGCGGCACCCAGCACGGACGGUGGCAAGGUGUUCUGCAUGUUCUACGCACUGCUGGGCAUCCCGCUCACGCUCGUCAUGUUCCAGAGCCUAGGUGAGCGCAUCAAUACCUUGGUGAGGUACCUGCUGCAUCGUGCCAAGAGGGGGCUGGGCAUGCGGCAUGCCGAGGUGUCCAUGGCCAACAUGGUGCUCAUCGGCUUCGUGUCUUGCAUCAGCACGCUGUGCAUUGGCGCCGCUGCCUUCUCCUACUAUGAGCGCUGGACCUUCUUCCAGGCCUACUACUACUGCUUCAUUACACUCACCACCAUCGGCUUCGGAGACUACGUGGCGCUGCAGAAGGACCAAGCGUUGCAGACGCAGCCGCAGUACGUGGCCUUCAGCUUCGUGUACAUCCUCACGGGCCUCACGGUCAUUGGCGCCUUCCUCAACCUCGUGGUGCUGCGAUUCAUGACCAUGAACGCCGAGGACGAGAAGCGCGAUGCAGAGCAUCGUGCGCUGCUCACGCACAACGGUCGGGCGGGUGGCCUGGGUGGCCUGAGCUGCCUGAGCGGUAGCCUGAGCGACAGCAUGCGGCCCCACGACCCAGCCACGUGCCCGGCGGCCGCGGGUGGCAUGGGCGUGGGUGGCAGCGGCUUCCCCAAAGAUGUCUACGCCGAGGUGCUGCACUUCCAGUCCAUGUGCUCGUGCCUCUGGUACAAGAGCCGCGAGAAGCUGCAGUACUCCAUCCCUAUGAUCAUCCCGAGGGACCUCUCCACGUCCGACACGUGCGUGGAGCACAGCUUCUCGUCACCGGGAGGCGGUGGCCGCUACAGCGACACGCCCUCGCACCCCUGCCUGUGCAGCGGGACGCAGCGCUCGGGUAUCAGCUCGGUAUCCACGGGCCUGCACAGCCUGGCUACCUUCCGCGGCCUCAUGAAACGCAGGAGCUCCGUGUGAAACAGCCAGGCCUGCAGCACCUGUGAGCCAGCAGGGUGGGGGUCCUGCCUGCAGAAGCCGCAGGAGUUGACCAGGAGGCCCCCCCAAAGACGCCUUCGGGCCCCGUGGGAAGUCCCAGCCCACUACCACCACAACCUCUAUUCUUCCCCAGGCCCUUAUCUCCAACUGUGCAGGCUUGCACCAGCCAGCAGGAGGCCGGGCUCUGAGGACCCCUGGAGCCCCUA